UGCGGCGGAGGGAUACACAGACAAUCCCCAUUCUGGCCACGGCCAAUAUACACACUCCAAACCCGCCAGUGGAACUCCAUCUAAGGAACGAGCACACUCCUAGUCUGCUUCCACAGACCAACAAGCACACAACCUAUCCGACAUGGCUGACCAGCUAACAGAGGAGCAAAUUGCAGAGUUCAAGGAGGCUUUCUCCUUAUUUGACAAGGAUGGCGAUGGCACCAUCACCACCAAAGAGCUUGGCACCGUCAUGAGGUCGCUGGGCCAGAACCCCACAGAGGCUGAACUGCAGGACAUGAUCAAUGAGGUGGAUGCUGACGGUAAUGGAACCAUCGACUUUCCAGAGUUCCUGACCAUGAUGGCCAGAAAAAUGAAGGACACAGACAGUGAGGAGGAGAUCCGUGAGGCUUUCCGGGUAUUUGAUAAGGAUGGUAAUGGCUAUAUCAGCGCCGCAGAGCUCCGUCACGUCAUGACGAACUUGGGUGAGAAGCUAACGGACGAAGAGGUGGACGAGAUGAUCAGAGAAGCAGAUAUCGAUGGAGACGGACAGGUCAACUACGAAGAGUUUGUACAGAUGAUGACUGCAAAGUGAAGCCUGCCCGCCCCGUCCUGUCCCCUCUUAGAAGAAAAGAAAAAAAAGAAAAAAAAAAUCAAAUGUUUUACUUACCUCUUGGAAAAAAAUGUUCAUUUAUUCAUACUGUUUCUGUAUAGAAAAUAAUUGAAUGUUGAAAUAAAAUAUCCUUCUGUCCACACAGGAAAAAUAUACAAAAAAUGUCUGCAUGAAAAUUAUGGUUAGUGAUCCUGUCCCCUCCCCCCCCCCCCCCCCCCCAAAAAAAAAGAUCAGUUUAGCAUCAGUACUUGACAAGUAAAAAUAAUAACGAACCCUGUACCUACUACCUUCAGACUAAAGCAAAAGCAUUUGGUGAACUCCUUCCGGUUCCAUAUGCUAGUGGUAAAUGUCUGGGCUGGCCAUCUCUUCUUUCUGUUUUCUGUUCUUCAUGCAUGCAGCUUGAGACCGGAGCACUAACCCCUACCCGUUCUCCUCGCCUCCCCAUUACUCCUCCGGGCUACCAGAGCGUGCUGAUUCCACUAUAAGCUGUCCUCUUGUUGGUUUGGUACAGUUUUUUUGUAUUUAGAGAGGAACCCUGUACUGUUAAGAUGAGAGAAUAUAACAGGUUCUAACUCAAGCGUUAAAGUGGAAUGGGACUUAAUUGUAUGCUAGAUAAGAGGAAAAAAAAAAAAAACAAUGUACAAAAAAAAAUACAUUUUCAAACGUUUGGCAUGUUAUUUUGUUUUUGUUAUUUGGAUGGCCAUCUUAGUAGUUGUUUGUCCUUCCCUUUCUUAAAGGAGGGGGGGACUUAAAAGAGUCUUAUGGUGAGCUUUUUUUUUUUUUUUUUUCUUUAAUAUUUUUGCUGAAAUGGAGUGUCUGUCCUCUUUUCUUGCAAGAGAGAUUCACUGGCCUUCACUUUUUUUUUCUCUCUUCUGUUUUUCGACUCAGACGAGAGCAUAGUGAGGGGUGUACUGUGUUCGCAGCGCAGGCUGUUUGGAGUAUCAGCGCACAAGUCUUCACUGCUGUUCAUCUGAGUUCAGUUUACAUUCAUUCCAAGUUGUACAUGCUAGUCUAUUUUUUUUUUUUUUCAAAUAAAAGACCAUGAACUUUAUCAUGUCUUAUGUCAUUUUUCUUAUGCUUGAUUGUGAAAAUGGUCUAUAAAGACAGCAUAACAAGUCUGUAUGUUGUUUACCGACUAGACAAAUGUGUCAACAAUAAAUGAUUAUAAUCAUC